AAUUUUAUCCAAACAAGAAGGGAAAAUGGUUACAUAUGGGUGAGAGUUGAGAAGGGGAAGAAGACGGCGUCCUGGUUUCUAACCAUGGCACUCAACGGGAUGAAUGUAGUGGAGCUUCAACAUCGAUAUCUAUCAAAACCCUUUCUUCUCCGUCUUCCUAAAACCCUAGUACAAGCAGCAAACUCGUCUUCAUUGUCAUUCCCCUUAUCUUCUUCAAGAUAUAACCUCAGAACAACAACUAGAUUGCGCUUCUCAUCCAGGACUACAAGAUUUCUCACGCCGCUGAAGAAACCCUUGAGAAAAGUAUUAUCGACUUGUUCCAUACCCAAUUCUAUCGUAAACGCCUCUUCUGAAGAGGCAGACCUUGAGUCAUCACAGCAGCUGUUUGAGAAACUGAGAGAUGCAGAAAGGGAACGAAUUAAUAGAAUAGAGGAAUUAGAAAGGAAGGCCAACCUUCAAUUGGAAAGGCAACUUGUUAUGAGUUCAGAUUGGAGCAGAACAUUGCUAACAUUGCGUGGGAAGCUGAAGGGAACAGAGUGGGAUCCUAAGAACUCUCACAAUAUUAACUUCAGUGAUUUUUUGCAGCUUGUUAAUUCAAAUAGUGUCCAAUAUAUGGAGUAUUCAAAUUAUGGCCAAACAGUCUCAGUGAUUUUACCACAUUACAAAGAGGAAAAAGAGGACGGAACUUCGAGAAAAGAAAUUGUUUUCCGCCGACAUGUGGUUGACCGUAUGCCAAUUGAUUGUUGGAAUGAUAUGUGGAGAAAGUUGCACCAACAACUUGUUAAUGUUGAUGUGAUUAAUGUGAACUCAAUUCCAGCAGAAGUCCAUUCCACCAUUGCAACAGCAGUUGUCUGGUCGAUGCGGCUUGCUCUUUCUAUUUUAGUUUAUCUUUGGAUUGAUAGUGUUACAAGACCAAUCUAUACAAAGUUGAUACCCUGUGAUUUGGGAACUGCUCCUAAGAAAAAAAGCUUUUCUUUGCAGCGUCGUGCACUUGGGUCAUUGGGCAAAAGUAGAGCUAAAUUUAUAUCAGCGGAAGAAAGAACUGGAGUUACUUUUGAUGAUUUUGCUGGCCAGGAGUACAUAAAGAGAGAGCUGCAAGAAUUUGUUAAGAUACUAAAGAAUGAAGAAGAGUUUCAAGACAAAGGAAUAUAUUGCCCUAAAGGCGUGCUGCUUCAUGGGCCUCCUGGAACUGGUAAAACACUUUUGGCUAGAGCCAUUGCUGGUGAGGCGGAGCUACCCUUUUUUGCAGCUAAUGGAACUGACUUUGUGGAGAUGUUUGUUGGUGUAGCUGCGUCACGAGUGAAAGAUCUCUUUUCUAGUGCCAGAUCUGUGGCACCUUCCAUCAUAUUUAUAGAUGAGAUAGAUGCUAUUGGGAGCAAGCGUGGUGGGCCCGACAUUGGCGGGGGUGGUGCAGAGAGGGAGCAGGGGUUGCUUCAGAUACUGACAGAGAUGGAUGGCUUUAAGGUGUUUACAUCACAGGUUCUUGUAAUUGGUGCCACAAACAGAUUGGAUAUUCUUGAUCCAGCUCUUUUGAGAAAGGGACGUUUUGACAAGAUAAUAAGGGUUGGUUUGCCGUCCAAGGAUGGCAGGUUGGCCAUAUUGAAGGUACAUGCUAGAAAUAAAUUCUUUCGUUCAGAGGACGAAAAGGAGAGACUAUUGCAAGAAAUUUCCGAGCUUACAGAAGACUUUACUGGAGCGGAGCUGCAGAAUGUAUUGAACGAAGCUGGAAUCUUGUCAGCUAGGAAGGAUUUAGACUAUAUUGGCCAUGACGAACUUCUAGAGGCCUUGAAGAGGCAAAAAGGAACAUUCGAGACAGGACAAGAAGAUAGUAGGGAAAUUCCAGAGGAUUUAAAGCUCAGAUUGGCCUACAGGGAAGCAGCUGUUGCCGUUCUUGAAUGCUACUUUCCAGAUCCUUACCGACCAUUCUCUGAGACGGACAUUAAUUCAAUCACUAGCCAGCCAAAUAUGCGCUAUGUGGAAGUUUCUGGGAGAGUUUCCAAAAGAAAAGAAGAUUAUGUCAACUCCAUUAUCCGUGCAUGUGCUCCCAGAGUAAUUGAGGAGGAUAUGUUCGGUGUUAACAAUUUGUCCUGGAUUUCUGCUAAGGCAACUUUGAUAGCAUCUAGACUGGCAGAGUUUUUAAUCUUACAGACAGGAAUGACAGCUUUUGGGAAGGCUUAUUAUAGAACCUACAGUGAUCUCGUUCCCAGUCUUACCGCAAAGCUUGAAGCACUUAGAGAUGAGUAUAUGCGUUUUGCAGUGGCCAAGUGUUCAAGUGUGCUGAAGGAAUACAAUUCUGCUGUUGAGACUAUCACUGAUGUUCUACUUGAGAAAGGUAGUAUAAAAGCUGAAGAAAUAUGGGAAAUAUACAACAGAGCUCCUAGAAUACCUCAGGCGGAUGUAAUUCCUGUUGAUGAGUAUGGAGCUUUAGUAUAUGCUGGACGGUGGGGAGUCCAUGGAGUGACACUUCCAGGAAGAGUAACCUUUGCACCUGGAAACGCGGGAUUCUCUACAUUUGGUGCACCUCGACCAAUGGAGACUCAAAUCGUGAGUGAUGAAACUUGGAAUCUAAUUGAUGGAAUUUGGGACAAAAGAGUGGAAGAAAUUAGAAAUGAAGCUUCAAAGGAAGUUGAGGAAGACCAUGAGCAACCGCAGCUUCUAUUGGCCAGUCAUUUCCUGUAAAAUCCAUCAAAAUAUUUUUCGCGUUGGCAUGUAGACACCAAUCUUAUUCACAACUGGAGAAGAGUCCCAUUACUUUCAACAACUAAAUUAUUUUAUAGGGACGAGACAUUGAUGCCAAUCUAAUCACCAAAGCUACGAGACCCCGGGAGGCGAGUUUUCUAGAGCAAACUCACUUGUACCCUUUUUAUAAAAAAAAAUUGAUAGCUAUUGUUGGCAUAUUUGAUCGAGUUUUAAUUUUUAUUUCACUAUUGUAUAAACAAAGGUUUGUUAGGCUUUUAACACUUAUUUCAUUAUUGGUAAGGUUUGUUAGAAAAAAAUUAACACAAUAAAAGGAAAGAGAUUAAUGUUAUUUA